CAUAUAUCAUCUUGUACCUCUCUUGGGAAUCUAUAAAGACUCUUUCUUUCUCGCUCCCUAGCUCCAUGCCAUUUCUUUUUAGCAGAAUUGACAUGUUACAUAUUCUUCUUGUAUUUUCUCUUUCUUUCUCAGGUUUUAGUUUUCUCCAAGAAGCCGAAUCACUCGGCAUCAACUACGGCCAAGUUGGCAACAAUUUACUAGCACCACAAAAAGUUCUUGAUCUCUUACAAUCCCUCAAGCUCACAAAAGCAAGAAUCUAUGACACAAAUCCUCAAGUCUUGACGGCAUUUGCCAACUCCGGCGUUGAACUGAUCGUGACAGUAGAAAACGAAAUGCUACAGGUUUUAAUUGAUCCACAACAAGCCCUUCAAUGGGUAACUACCCACAUAAAGCCAUUUGUUCCGGCCACGAGGAUCACCGGAAUUGCAGUAGGCAACGAGGUCUUCACCGGCGACGACACCACAUUAAUGUCUUAUCUUGUGCAAUCCAUGGUCAGCAUUCACGGGGCCCUAGUUCAACUAGGACUAGAUCAACAAAUUCAAGUUUCAACCCCUAGUUCACUGGCGGUGCUGGCGGUUUCUUACCCGCCAUCCGCCGGAAUUUUCAGGAGUGAUCUCGCCGGAAUCAUUCCGGAGUUUCUACAGUUCUUGUCAACUACUAAAGCACCCUUCUGGAUCAAUGCAUACCCUUAUUUUGCAUACAAGGAUGACCCCAAUAAGGUCUCUUUAGAGUAUGUCCUUUUUAACCCCAAUUCAGGAAUGGUUGAUCCAAACACAAAACUACACUAUGACAACAUGUUAUAUGCUCAAGUUGAUGCAGUUAUAUUUGCUGCUGCUAGAAUGGGGUUCGGAGGGUUAGAAGUUAGGGUUUCAGAGACCGGGUGGCCGUCGAGAGGCGACUCCGAUGAAGUUGGGGCAACGGUGGAGAAUGCAGCAACAUAUAACCGGAAUUUGUUGAGGAGGCAAUUGGGAAAUGAAGGGACACCUUUGAGGCCUAACAUGAGAUUAGAAGUUUAUUUGUUUGCUUUGUUCAAUGAGGACUUGAAGCCUGGACCGACUUCGGAGAGGAACUAUGGUCUCUAUCAACCUGAUGGAACCAUGGCUUACAAUGUGGGACUUUUGGCCUUGUCCAGUUCUUCUACCGAGGCUUCGAUUUCUCUUACUUCCUCUGCAACUCCGGUUGCAAAGCUGGGAUACCAAAACUUGGUGUAUUGGAUGUUUGUAUAUUUGAUGGCGAUACAAGUUUUUAAGAGAAGACAUUGUUAUUAAGCAAUUGGGAUUCAUGUGAAUAUGAAGAAUGACCUUUUUUUUGGCAAGUGAGAGGCCUUUCUACUCCUCAAGAACACGCAAAUUAGUGACACCCAAACAAGAAUAUUUCAGGUAACUAAAGGUUUAGCCAAUGUUGAUGGGUGUACGUGUUUCCAGAUUUGGAUUCACAAUCUAAUGGAUACAAUUUCAUCCGAGGGUCCAAUGAUUGAAUCACAACCAUCAAUUAGUAGGGUCUGAUAAGCUUCAUUUUUCUUUUUCUUUUUUUGUUAGAGAUGGGACAAAGUCCGUCAUUGUUCAAAAGAAUGAGUAGAUCGACGAAUUGUUUUCCAAUUUACUUUUGACUUUUAAGAAUAUAUAUGUAUUUAUGUAUAUGUACGUUCUUUGUGGCAAUAAAUAUACUAUUAUUAGAGAAGAGUGAGAAAGACCUUUUAAGGCUCUUUUGUAGUGGUUGCAAGGAAAGGUGGCCACUUCC